GAGCACACUUUACCCACACUGAUAAACUGAUGAAGAGAUGAAGAGAGUGGUAUUGCUGUUAGUUCUCAUGGAGGUGGUGCUGAGUGCCCCCUUUGUGAAGGAGAGGGAAGCCAAGGGCUUCAUGCGUCAGAAACGGCAGGCUGGAUAUUGGGACCCCAAUCACGCCCACAACCAGUGGGGCUACACCGUCCAGGAACAGGCUAACGAGUACUAUACUGCCCUGAGGACAGAUGCUCAGUACUACAUGGAUAUAGGGACCUUGAUGUUUGACCGCUCAGUUGCCACGGAGAACAACAGGCUCUACAUGGAGAUGCUCCGGAAUGCUAGAGCACACCUGGACUCAUUCACCUCCACCAACUGAUUGGUUGAUGAACGAAUGAGGAAAUGUUAAUUGGGCUUGUUAGAGACAUGAAGCAACUGAAAGCUGAAAACUUGGUUCAUUACCAGAUUUUGACAUGCAUAUCACCCACGUCCUGUUGGAUAAACCCACCCACCCAGAUUUGGACACAUUCCGUCGUGUGUUAUGGAUGAUGGACUGUACAUUUCUAUUAUUUUGUAUGGUUUUUGAAUGAUUUGGACUGUAUUGCAUUGGUUAGUUUAUACAUAUUUGAGCAGGAGCAACGUUGCUAUUCAACAAAUAAACUGAUAGGCAUAGGUUGCGGAUUCGGUCACCAAAGACAGGAUCAUGAUUUAAAAGCUCUGUGUAAAAAGGACUUAACGGUUGGUCAGUUCUGGAGUUAUUUCCCCAAGUGCACGAGUCUCAGUCAGAUUGCCAUUUGCCACCGUAUCACAUCUUUGCCAGUGCUGUGGAGUUCAGCAUAGAUUCCGCUGUUUCAGUUAGCUUCUGUUGAGUAAAUGUUUUUCAGUUCCUUAUAUGGCCAGUAUAAACAAAUGAUUUCCUUGAAAAUAAUUAAAAACAAUUUUGCAUUGA